AUGGGCGUAAGACCAACUACAGCAUAUUUUAUAGUAUUGUGGAUUUUUAGGAAUGCACAAAGUAAUAGUUUUCUUCUCUCCUCAGCUUGGUUUGCAGUUCUUACUCUGCUGUACCUGGAGAUUUCCAUGAGGGUGGGCACUGCCCCAAUCUGUAUCUACGGGCAGGCUGGAUGUCCUAGUUCUUCCUUGGCAGAUUUUUUUGACCGGGUCAUACAGCAGUCUUCGAGAAUGCAUGGCAUCUCCAGCAGUCUGCACUCGGAAUCUGAGCAGAAUUUCCUACCUAGAAGGAACUUCAUUGGCAAACGGAAAUGCCACACAUAUUCUAUACCAACACCAGAUGACAAGGAAAAUGCCCAAAGGCUGGGACGAGAACAAAUGAUCGAAGUGAUCCUGAGGCUGCUGGAAGCCUGGAGUGACCCGUUGUCACAGUUCCACCUGAGCAUGUCCCCGGAUCAGGAUCAAGACUUUAACCAGUAUGGAUCCAACAAAGCACUGGAGAUCAGUGACAUGCUGCACCAGCUGAGGGAAGGGGUGACAAAAAUGGCCGACAAGAUGAAAAUACUCGGAGCACUUGGUAAUUCUGUGACUUUCCUGUCACCUGAGAGUUUUGUCCCUGUGUCUGACUUUUCCUUUUACAAGCGAGGAGAACUCAACUCGGUGGACCACCACAACCUGCUCUUCUGCCUCAACAGAGACGCAAACAAAGUCAAAAAUUAUCUCCGUGUCCUGAAAUGCACCACCUUUCCAGGUACAGACUGUUAAAAGCAGUCCAUAUUAUUUAUGCAU